UUGAAUCUAUUCGGUUGAUUAUCUGCAUAGAUGUUGGUAGAGUUACAAUUAUUUUAUCUCAUUUUUUAAAAAUAUUUUAUGAUAUGUUAUGAAAAAAAAAAUGCGACGCUCAACGCAUAGUUUUUUACCGUUCCUACGCCUCCCAAGACCCUUCCCUGCAAAUUCCUUGUUCCUGGGGUUAAAUUUAUCAGGCGCGUCUACGGAAAACCCUUCAAAUUCCUUGACCCAUUUUGUGAAUUGAAGUCCUCUGCAGCCUUUAAAAAGCCAAGCAAAUUAAUGGGGUUGCCAAGAUUUACCCGUCCCAAAGGAGGGGAUACUGAUCGUACUAGUCCAAAUUUAUAUGUAGCCAACUGUGGACCUGCUGUUGGGCUCUCCUUCGAUCUAAUUGCUUCAGUUUUUAGCAAAUAUGGCGAAGUAAAGGGUGUCUAUGCAGCUGAUGAGAGUGGGACUCGAGUUAUUGUUUGUUUUGACGGUGACAACUCUGCAAAGUCUGCAAUGGAGGCAUUGCAUGAAAACUCGUGUUCUCAACUGGGUGGUCGCUCUUUACAUAUUCGAUAUUCAGUACAAUCAAGUGACCAAAUUCAGGUGAAGGACUUAGUUCAAGUUUCUUUGACGGAUUCUGAGUUGAAAGUUCCAGGCGUCUAUUUAUUGCAUGACUUCAUCACUGUUAGAGAAGAGGAGGAAUUACUUGCAGCGGUUGAUAGUAGGCCUUGGCACCAUCUUGCUAAAAGAAGGGUUCAGCACUAUGGAUAUGCAUUUUGUUAUGAGACAAGAAAUGUUAACACAAACCAGUACUUGGGCAAACUUCCCUCGUUUGUGUCUGUUAUACUCAAAAGAAUCUCACAGUUUCAAAAGCUUGGUUGCUCUGUGGAUAUAGAGUUGGACCAGCUAACAGUGAAUGAAUACCCAAUUGGUGUGGGUUUGUCACCACAUGUGGACACCCAUUCAGCAUUUGAAGAACCUAUUUACAGCCUUUCACUAGCAGGGCCCUGCAUCAUGGAGUUUAGAAAAUAUUCAACAGGUGUUUGGCUUCCUACGUCUACCUCAAACUUUGAUAACGAGGUGUCAGAUUCUUAUAGUGGCUCAAAUUUCAUAAGGAGAGCUAUAUAUCUUCCUCCUCGGUCAAUGCUAUUGUUAUCUGGGGAAGCACGGUAUGCUUGGCAUCACUACAUUCCCCACCAUAAGGUUGACAGAGUGAAGGACAAUGUGGUUAGAAGGGGCUCAAGGAGAGUGUCAUUCACAAUGCGCAAGGUUAGAAAAGGACCUUGCCAAUGUCAAUACCCUGAUUUCUGCGAUUCUCAAAAAUAGACGAGGAUUUACUUCAAGAACCUUUGCAGACAGCGGGAAAGCAUCUCUAUCAAAAAUAAUAGCUGUAAGGCAAUUGCUUUAUUUUGAAACCAACCAGCCAAAAUCAGGGCUUGAAUUGUUAAUCAGUAAUUGGACGGACACUCCUUUUUCUAACAUAAUGCCAAGAUGGACGUUCCAAUUAGGACAUGCUGUUCUAGAUUCCUUUACUGGUUAUCUUGCAUAAGAAAAGAUAGAAAUGCUUGGCUGUAUUUCACUACCAUGCCAGAUGCCCUCUCAGCACUGGUAGUACUGGUUAGUCUUUACUGGUUACUCCUCCCAUUUACACAAUGGCAAGAUGGAGUUCCAAUUACAAAGUGCCGUUCCAGAUUGCCUGUACUGGUUAUUCUUGCAUAAGAAAAGAGAGAUGCUUUUCAAUGCUAUACCAAAUGCCCUCUCAGCACUGAUAGUGUUGAUAUGCGCUAAGAAUUGUGACGAAUUAUCUUUAACUCAUAGAGUCAUUCAUAGGUCUUUAACUGGAAGUUUCCGUUUCCCUUGUAAGUUUUCUAGCUUCUUUUAAUCUUUUUUGGCUCAUUGCAAUGUUUUCUUUGAUAUCUCAAGACUGAAUGAAAUUCCUAGCACGUCUAUGUACACUACUGCUUUGCUCAA